AUGGCAGAUUAUUAUGAUGACCGACAAGCCUACGAAAUACACACGGCUGUGGGAGAGGUAGUGGACCCUGAGAUCGGGAGCUUUGGACCCCAUAGUGGAAGACCGAAGAACGCAAACAUAAACGGGAUACAGGUGGGGAAACGGGAAUACAAGGCGGGGCUAUUCGCAGACUAUGUGAUAUUGACACUUACGAAACCACUCAUCUCACUACCUAGCCUCCUUGACGAAAUUUAG